AAAUCUUAAAUUUCACCCCACAACCGGCUUCAAUAGGUGGAGGAUAAAUAUGUGAAGUCCAAAAUCACCGGUAACCUUUUCUCCGACCUGCCGCCUUCAUUACCAAGAUUUUUCUCCUCUGGUCGGAACUUCCGCCGUUGCAUCUCUGCAAUUUUGAAGCAUUUGACUUCGUUUUCCAUUUCACCGUUCCGGUAUUCAACUUCUUCUCCUCAAUGUCCUCCUCGAGAAUCCUCUUCCGAGCUUCCAGGAGCCUGCACCGGAGUUCGCCGAUCCUCAUUGGCAACCAAUCACGGAACUGCCGAACUUUUCCGAUUCUCUACAGGCAAUUUCACUGUCUCGUUGAUGAGAUCUCCGGCAAGGUUGAGGUUCUUAAGCCGUGUUUUCAAGUCUUCUCCAGUACAUACGUCUCUACUAAAUCAUAUAGUCUUCAAUCCUUUCCCCUUCCAAAUAUUUAGAGUAUCCUCUACUGCUUCCCAUGAAUCUUCUGAAAAUGAAGAGGGGAGUGCAAAACAAGGUAAUGUGAAUUCUGAAGUGUCUGACCAAGCAGAGGAAUUGAGUUCUACAAUGGAUUCCCAUUCCACCAAAUCAAAAUCAAGACGACAGAGAAGGCGGACAAUAAGAACUGCAUUUUCCGAUUCGGAUUCUGAGAGCGACGAACAACCUUCCAUGGAUGAUCUAGUAAAAUCACUGGCGCGAAAGGAAGAGCUUCUGAAGUCUAAGCACAAAGAGAUUGAGAAAAUGCAAGAGAAAGUCCUCUGUUCUUAUGCAGAAAUGGAGAAUGUUAUGGACAGGACAAAACGUGAAGCAGAGAAUUCAAAGAAGUUUGCCAUUCAGAAUUUUGCAGAGUUUGCUUGAUGUUGCUGACAACUUAGGAAGAGCUUCUUCUGUUGUUAAAGACAGUUUCUCAAAAAUUAAUGAAUCUGAAGAUCCAAGUGGAGCCGUAGCUCUUCUAAAAACCCUUUUAGAAGGGGUUGAUAUGACUGAGAAACAGCUUAUGGAGGUAUUAAGAAGUCGGGGUCGAAAAAUUUGACCCUAUGAGCGAGCCAUUUGAUCCGCAUAAGCAUUAUGCUGUAUUCCAAAUACCGGAUGGAUCGAAGCCAGACGGCACUGUGGCUGUUGUGCUGAAGUCUGGAUAUAUGCUACAUGAUCGAGUUCUUCGGCCAGCCGAGGUUGGUGUGACUCAAGCAGAGGAAGAUAAUCCGACGGAUUAAUGUCUAAAGA